AUGAUGAAUAAGAACAACAGCGUACAUCUUCCGGAAGAUUUGGUAGUGGAGAUACUCUCUAGGGUUCCCACUAAACCUUUGGAACGAUUGCGAUCAACUUCUAAAGAAUGGAACGCUUUGGUCAAAGAUGGGAGAUUUUCGAAGAAGCACUCUGCUAAUGCUCCACGGAAAUCUCUGGUUAUAGUGUUGAUUGAUUUUAGGGUUUAUUUAGUGAGCGUCGAUCUCCGUGAAAUUGAAGACAACAAGGUUGCUCUAACAAGACAAUUUAGCUUAGAAGAUCCUUAUUCUAAUUCUUCGGAAGAAGUUGAUAUACGCAAAGUCUUUCACUGCGACGGCUUAUUGUUAUGUACCACCAAGACAGUAAACUUGUGGUUUGGAAUCCGGUUUCAGGGGAAACAAAGUGGAUCCAUCAACCUAGAAAAUCUUUCGAUAAGUACGAUGUCUUUGCUCUUGGUUACGAUAGCAAGUCCUCCUGUUACAAAAUCAUAA